ACACCAAGACCCAGGGGCCCACUCCAAGACCACGUGGUCAAGACCAAGGGGCCAUCAUGUCCAUCUCAGUGUCCAACCCUGGCACAGUGCGCCUGGUCUUCAUGGGAGCUGCCGGUGUGGGCAAGACAGCUCUGAUCCAGCAAUUGCUGUAUGACCGCUUUGAGCACAGGCACCGGCGCACGGUGGAAGAAGUGUACUGCCUGGAGCAGGACCCCGAGCUCCUCCGCCUCCGUCUGGAGAUUGUGGACACCAGUGGCAGCUACUCUUUCCCUGCCAUGCAGAAGCUGCGCAUCCAGCAAGGGGACGCCUUCGCCCUGGUCUUCUCCCUGGCUGACCUGGAGUCCUUCCAGGAGGUCGAGCGGCUGCGGCAGGAGAUCCUGAGGAUCAAGGGUGAGAACGACGUGCCCAUAGUGGUGGUGGGCAACCAGAAGGACCGCUUCCCGGGGACGGAGUCAGGGGGCGGGCAGCUCCUGGCCCUGCAGGCCGCCGCCACGGCCGAGCUGGAGUGGGAGAGUGGCUACGUGGAGACCUCGGCCAAGCUCAACCAAAAAGUGCAGGACGUGUUCGAGGAGCUGCUCCGCAGGGUCAACCUGCCCUGCCUGCUGAGCCCCGCGCUGGAGCGACGAAGAGCCAGCGCGCAGCCCGAGCCCAGGAAGAGGCAGCCGCGCAGGAAGCAGCAGAGUUGUAUGCUGUCCUAGAGGGCCGCUGGACCCAAGAACUGACCAUCGGACGUCGACGUUGGAGCCGCUGCCCAAUCCUGAGCGUAGUUCUGACGCAGGUCACCGGCUUCAGGCAACUCGCAGUGCUCCUGCUGCUGCAUUGAGAACUGUUUAGGCAAUCUGGGACUUGUAGUUCCACAGCAGCUAGCAAAUAUCUAGUGCUGGGCUUGUUGUGAGUGUGCAUGAUGGACCUGAGGGGUGCAUGAUGGACCUGAGGGGUGCAUGAUGGACCUUAGGGGUGCACAAUGGACUUGAGGGGUGCACGAUGGACCU